AUGUGCAAGCCAAACGGAACCCUCUGCAACGCGGUGCCCGACUGCCCCGCGAAGACAGCUGGCGGCAAGCCAGUGGACGAGGACCCGGCGUUCUGCAAGCCGUACGUUUGUCCCAAGGGUUUCUCCAAGUGCAGCGACAAGUUGCAGUGCGUGGAUGACGUGCUUCGCUGCAACGGCGUUGCUGACUGCAAAGAUGGGAGCGAUGAGGACAGAUGUGACAUUCCACCCGCGCCCCCCAAGGCUACACCCCCCGCCCCUCCCAAGGGCCCACCCACGGCACCCCCCAAGGGCCCACCCACGGCACCCCCCAAGGGCCCACCCACGGCGCCCCCCAAGACCCCACCCAAGGCUCCCCCGAAGGCUCCUCCCAAGGCUCCACCCAAAAAGACUCCUCCCAAGGCCCCACCCAAGAAGACUCCUAAAACCCCACCUAAACGCAAGAAAUAG